AUGGGAGACGAUAACAAUUCUCAAGGACGUGAUAAAGGUCUUGAGAUGAAGAAGGACAUACGAUGUCUGAUGCUAUCAUCGACCAACUACACCGUAUGGUCGAUGCGAAUGAAAGUGAUGCGAAUGAAAGUGAUGCUUCGUUUAUACGAAGUUUGGGAUACAACUGAUCUAGGGAGUGAUGAUGCAAAGAAGAACAAUAUGGUGAUUGCUCUGAUCUUUCAAUCUGUCCCAGAAGCGCUAAUACUUCAGAUAGGAGAACAUGAUACAUCGAAGAAGAUUUGGAAAGCUAUCAAAUCCCGUAACCUAGGUGCUGAUCGCGUGAGAGAAGCGAGGUUACAGACUUUGAUGUCUGAGUUCGACAAACUGAAGAUGGCAGACACAGACACGGUGGAUGACUAUGCAGGAAAACUUUCAGGCUUAGCAUCGAGAACAACCGCGUUAGGAGAGACAAUGAAAGAAUCGAAGAUGGUAAAGAAGUUUUUGAAGGGACUUCCAAGAACAAAGUUCAUUCACAUUGUAGCUUCGUUAGAACAAGUGUUGGAUCUAAAUUCAACCGGAUUCAAAGACAUUGUUGGGAGAUUGAAGGCUUUUGAAGAAUGCAUAAAAGAAGAAACCCAAGAUGAAGAUCAAUCGAAGCUAAUGUUUGUAAAGAAUGAUACACAAGGUCGUGGAAGCCAUAAUAACUCACGAAGAAGAGGCAGAGGUAGAGCUAAUGGUGGAAGGGGAAGAGGACGAGGAAGGUCUAAUGGUUUUGAUGGUCAUAACAAAGGAGGAGAAGCUUCGGACAAGACCAAGAAAGACUACUCUAAAGUUAAAUAUUGGAGAUGCGACAAGAUGGGGCACUUCGUGUCACAUUGUCCUACACGACCAAGAGAAGAAGCUAACCUAACGGAAACACAAGAAGCAGAUGCAUUAUAUAUGCAUGAAGUAGUAUUCCUCAACGAAGAGAGAGUGUUUCCUAAGAGGUUUGAUGAAUGCGAUGGAAAUACGAGUAUAUGGUACCUUGACAAUGGUGCAAGUAACCAUAUGACAGGCAAGAGAGAGUUCUUCUCAAACCUAGACAAGAGCAUCAAAGGCAAAGUCAAAUUUGGUGAUGGAUCAAACGUCGAGAUUGUUGGGAAAGGUUCGAUCAUGUUCAUCGGAAAAACAGAGGAGAUAAGAGCACUCAAAGACAUCUACUACAUUCCUUGUCUUGGACAAGCAACCGAGAUGGGUUGUGAGGCUAUUAGUACAAGUCGCAAGGCAACCAAACCGACGACGCCAAUGGAGGUUGAAUAUCCGAAGUGUCUUCAAAUACAAGAAACUGAUGUUACAUGGACGUGGCAUGCAUGGCUAGGACAUGUGAACUUUGGAGUCAUGACGAAUAUGGUAGACAAGGAUAUGGUAGUAUGGAUGCCUCAUGUGAUACACGAGAAAUACAAAGCUACGAAGAUACCUAAUCAGCUAUGGGGAGAAGCAGUACGUCAUUCAACGUAUCUCAUAAACCGCAUUGCUACAAAGGCUUUGGAAAACAAGACUACAUACGAAGGCUUGUAUGUUAAGAAACCGAACAUUGAGCAUCUAAGGAUUUUUGGAUGUGUAGCUUUCGCAAAAAUCAACAGUCCUCAUCUCAAGAAGCUGGAUGAUCGAUCGAGGAUGGUGAUCAACCUAGGCACAGAGCCCGGCUCAAAAGCUUACAGGCUCUAUGAUCCUGUCACGAAGAAGGUAGUUGUUAGUAGAGAUGUAAUCUUUGACGAGAAGAAAAGUUAG